AUGACUCAAGUCCAAAUUCGGAAAAAUGAAAAAAAAAAAUUCGUCUUAGUCAGAUCCCAUCUAGACAUAUCUCAUCCACCAACAAUGGCAGACACCUCCGAGCAUAAAAGACAUGUCUUAAUGAUAGAUAAUUAUGAUUCCUUCACAUGGAAUCUCUAUCAGUACUUGCAUCAAUCCAGUCGAUGUGGCAAAGUUGACGUUUACAGAAACGACAAAAUAGACAUUGAAACUAUUGAGAACAAAAUCAAGCCCGAUAUAAUAUUCAUUUCUCCAGGACCAGGACAUCCUUUGACUGAUUCUGGUAUCUCAAGGGAUGUGAUUAGACAUUUCAAGGGAAGAAUCCCCAUUUUUGGAGUUUGCAUGGGACAAGAAUGUAUAUUUGAUGUGUUUGGUGGUGAUGUUUCGUAUGCGGGUGAAAUUGUCCAUGGUAAAACAACUACUAUUAAUCAUGACGGUAAGGGGAUGUUUGAAGAUGUACCACAAUCGGUAGCUGUUACUAGGUAUCAUUCACUUGCUGGUAGUGAAAAGACAUUACCUGGCGUUUUAGAGGUUACUGCAAUUACUGAAACCAAACCAGAGGUUAUCAUGGGAGUAAGGCACAAGACUUAUACUAUUGAAGGAGUACAAUUUCAUCCUGAGUCAAUCUUGACCGAAUCGGGACAAUUAAUGAUUGACAAUAUCUUAGGAGUAUAUGGAGGGACAUGGGAAGAGAAUAAAGCUCAUAAGUCGAAGCAUAAACAAGUGGCCAAUAAAGCAUUUGCUAAAAAUGAAAAUAUCUUAACUACGAUAUACAAGAAGAGGCAGGGGGAUUAUGAAGUGAUUGAGAAAUUACCUGGUCGUUCAUUCCAAAACUUGGAUAUUGCAUUAUCAUUAGGUAUAGCUCCACCAGUGAUUAACUUUUAUGAUCGUCUUAAAUAUACUCAAGAUGUCCUUAAGCAGUCCGUUAUAUUGUCAGAAUUUAAAAGAGCUAGUCCUUCUAAAGGUGACAUCAAUAUCAAUGCUCAUGCCGGUACUCAAGCUUUGACUUAUGCUAUUAAUGGAUGUUCAACAAUUUCAGUCUUGACUGAACCAAAUUGGUUUAAAGGGUCAAUUGAAGAUUUAUCGUUGAUCCGUAAAGUUAUUGAGAGCCCACAAACUGAAAAAGUUGCUAAUUAUAGAAGACCAGCAGUAUUGAGAAAAGAGUUCAUUUUCAACAAGUAUCAAAUCUUGGAAGCUAGACUAGCUGGUGCUGAUACUGUGUUACUUAUUGUCAAAAUGUUGAAUGAUUUUAAACUAUUGCAGGAAUUGUAUUCAUAUUCUUUAGAUUUGGGAAUGGUUCCAUUAGUAGAAGUCAAUGAUGAUAGGGAAUUGACACAAGCUUUGAAAUUGACUUACCACAAUGCAACUAAAGAACCAUUGAUUAUUGGAGUUAAUAAUCGAAACUUGACCAAUUUCAACGUCGAUUUAGGGACUACUAGCUCCUUAGUUGAUCAAUCUAAGGGAACAAACAAUGGUAGAGAUGGAGAUGUGUUGGUAUUGGCAUUAUCAGGAAUCACUAGUGUUGCUGAUGUAAAGAAGUACAAGUAUGAAGAUAAUGUUGAUGGAUUUUUAAUUGGAGAGAGUCUAAUGAGAGCUGAAGCCAAUGGAAAGGCAGGUGAAUUCUUACAUGAUUUAUGCGCUUGCUAA